AUGGAGGAAGAGAUCUCUGCUGCUCUUGGACAAACUUCUUCUCCGCCAUCAUUCUAUCAGAAGACUGAAGCAAGGCAAUCUCACUCUCCUUUUGCCAUUGUCAUUGGUGGUGGAUUUGCAGGGAUUGCAGCUGCUCAUGUUGUGCUUUUAGAAUCUCGGGAUAGAAUUGGUGGUCGAGUUCACACUAACUACUCAUUUGGUUUUCCUGUUGACAUGGGAGCAGCCUGGUUGCAUGGUGUCUGCAACGAGAAUCCAUUGGCAUCUUGGAUUGGAAGACUUGGUCUACCAAUUUAUCGAACUUCUGGUGACAAUUCUGUCUUGUAUGAUCAUGACUUGGAGAGCUACGCACUCUUUGAUGGUGAUGGACAUCAAGUGCCUCAAGAUCUAGUGGAAAAAGUUGGUAAGGCUAACAAACUCAGGUAUGAAACAAAUGAAGACAUGUCUAUAGCACAGGCUAUUAAGCUAGUCAUGGAGAGGCAUUCAAUAUGA